UAAGGUCACGCAGAUACAUACGCAGUGAACUUUCUCGUGAUUUUCUUCAAUAAAGGAGUACUUUACUCACGUCCCGUGCAUUAAUCAUAACACACACGCACGUUAUUGAUUAUCACGUGCUUUCACUAUGUUGCUUCUGUGUUAUUUGCCAAGUUUAUUUCGCAAUAGAGAGCAACGAAUGUGGUUUUCGCGCUUGGCUAAUUUUCGAGGCUUUUGAAUGAACGCCACUGUCGAUUCUCGUCGUAAAGCAAGGGAUAUUGUUACUUUUCAAUUUGUGUUUUAGAAACGAGAGGAAAUAACGAAGAAAAGAGGAAGAGAGACCGGAGAACCAGUGUGAACCAGCCGAGAACCGAGAGAUUUGCGCAUCCCGAUGGUGACCAAACGGGGGCGGUUCUUUGAUGUUUGUGAAAAUGGCCAUCUUACGAGAGAUGUAAAUUGACCUUUGGAACCCAGAAUUAACCCCCUGCACCUAGGAACCGCAGUGAACCGAGCCCCCGAGACCCGCAGAGGGCCGAACCGAGGGCGAACCGAGGGCUUGCGCAUCCCGAUGGUGACGGGGCGGUUCUUGGUGUUGUUCUCUGCCUCCUGUGUGUGACGUCAGGAGCUCCUAUGACUUCCGUCUCAACCUGCUGUUCUAAUCACGUGUUAAAGGGCCUGUACGCUCGUCCUGGACAGGCUGGGGUGGCGUGAGGUGUUAUGAGGUGGUAUGAGAUGGUGUGAGGUGGUUGGAUUGGUGUCGAGUCGCCGAAAUAAGGAGGGUGAAAGGGGGAGCCUCCUCCUUUGCCUCCUCAUCCUCACUGCGCUCUUCUGCACUAAGGGUGAACACUACACUCCUCAAGGGUGAACAACUGCACACUUUUCCUCGCCUGCUCAGUGGUUGGAGUGUGGAGCAGGAAAAUUACGCAAGAGGACCUGCGAUUCUCGGCCACGCCAACAAGGGUGCUACACCUAAAGGAGAUGCCUCAUUUUGCUAGCAGGUCGCAUUGAAUGCUGUUGAAGCAACCAAUACGUAACAGACCCUGAAUUAGAUAUGAAGACUGGUGUAAGGGCAGGGAACCACCAUGGAGAAAUUUGCCGUUGACCUUGAUAAAGUGUUGGAUGACUUCGAGUUAGAUGAAGAUGAAAGUGUUUCUGUUGGCCAGUAUGACAAACUUCAACUUGAAUUUCAACCUGAUGGAGGUGGCGCUUUACCCUUAGCAUCCACACGUCAUAAUGUAGGACUAGGGGCAUUUGGCGGCUGGAGUGAGCCGCUGCAGCCACAGGCGGCAGGUCCCAGACCUGGGGAGCAGCCUUGGUGUGGGGCUGUAAUGGGUGGUAUAUCACAACCACCUGGUACACGGAGCCCACCUGAUGGUCAGAAUGAUGAUAGCCAGCAGGCAGUUGCAUGUUCCAGCCCCCAGUCAACUCUGCCAUUUCACCCAAAGCUUCAGUUUCAACCACAGCAGCUAAUACAUCAGCCUCACAUGAGAAAUGUGCCAGCUGCUGGUGUUAGAUCUGAAGGCUUUUCAGCUAACCAGCCAUCAGGAGCUGGUGAAGUCCUGUGGCCUGCAAUGGCUGUUUCUGCAGCAGACAUGCCUCCAAACUUACCUCCUCCAGAACAACCAGAGGCUGCACCAUCAGAAGAUUCCAGUAUUAAGCAACCUGUUGAGGAUGCAAACAGUGCUGGCUCUGAGGUGCAAAAAGUUCCACAGGAACCUUACAACCCUGAGGAAUAUGAUGGCAAUGUUAGAGUGGGAGACCUAGUUUCUGAAGAGCCAGGAAGUUUAGAAGAAAAAGAGUUAGUGUGUGGAGGACUUGAUGUUAUUGCUUCUAGGCCUCUGGAUGUAGUACCAGCAAGUGUGCCUCCAGACAGAGGUCUAGCAAGUGGACAUGAAACAAGACAUCCUGAUAUCAUUGAUGUGUGGCAGAGUGGAGUGGAAGGUGGUGCAGUGGGACCACCAACUAGUGUUUCUUCUAGUUUAAUGGGAACUGAACAAAGUGAAAAUAUUGAUAGUGAAUAUGAUGAAAGAGGACGGGUUGUACAUAAUGUGGAUCAUAGUGAAAGAGAGAACUCAGUGGAACAACAGGAACAUAGACUGCUUCCAGACCUAAUGUCUAUGAACAGUGUAGACAGCUCUGGCACCAGUGAAGGAACAGGUUGCGUACCAGAUUAUCCAGAACCAGCUAUAGUCAUGGAAAAUGCUCUUUCUGAUUUACAGAUGAAUGAACCUGCCAUUGUGAUGGAGAGCCAGUCAUGUAGUAGAAUACCAGAGGUUGUAAAUGUCCACCAGACUGCUGAGCAGCAAGGGCAUGGAGAAAAUCAGUUAUUAGUAUCUAGAAAUACAGUUUCAAGCCCUUCUGUCAGUAAUACUGUAAGUCAAGCUCCCACUGAGGAGGGAGCUGCUGUUAAUGAUGUUCCUGGUAUUCUCCAGGAUCAUGUUAGCCCUGUCUGUGAUAAUGUAGAUAGAUUACAAGCUGCUAAUGUGCUUGAUAGUGAAAGAUUAGAAAGUCAGGCAACACCUCAAGGAUCUCUACCAGAUGUCAGUGAUGUCAACCCAGCCCCAGUUACUUUUAGCAAAGAUGUUGCUAUUGAUGAUGCAGAUCUUGAUGCAGAACUAGCAGAGUUAGAGGAAGAACAGUUUCGGUUGCAAGGAGCCUAUGGAGGCAACACUUAUCAAUCCAAAGACCUGCCAAGUUCAUCUUGCAAAGAAAAUUCAAAAACAGAUGCAGCUGCUGUUGGUAGUGAUGUACAACAGUUGCCAGACUCUGCUUUAGUUGAAGGUCUGGAUUUGAUUGAUGGUAUGAAUGCCACCCAAUCUGGUCUGAGAUCAGAUGUUCAAGAGAGUACUGGUGAUGCACAUGCAAAUGAAGUGGGGAUGGGAGCUGAAACACUAGAAACAGGAGCAGCUGAUUGGCAGCACGAAAACAGUAAAGAAGAAGAAAAAGAGGCAACUAUAGGUGCUAAAUCAGUGCUUGAAGCGCAGGAAGGUAUGUCGCUGUCACAGCGCUCAGAAGUAGGUGGUGUUGAAGAAGUGAUCUGUCAGCCCCAAAGCAGUGAUAUGUCAGCUCAGUCAUCAAGUAACUGUCACACAGGUCAUGUUAUGGACAGUAGUGGUCAAAGCGGUAAAUAUCAAGAAGGAGAUGGAGGUGACAAUCUAUCAAAUAAUAGCACAGGGACAGACACCAUGUCUUCCAGCAGCACACUAACUGAUGGAGAUCUUGGCUCACCAGAGAGGCAGCCCCAGCAGUCUCAGCCAACCCCAGAGUCACCGUCCAGAGUAACACCAGGAACCUUGGUGACAGCAGUGUAUGAUGAUGAUAGUGGCUCUGGUAGGGAAGACGAGGGUAACAACGAUGACGGUGGUGCAUCUGGAGGAGCUAGUGCGUCUGGCGCUGUUGGGGCAUCAGGACAUGGUGGGGGAAUGGUUGUGGGUCACUAUGCCCCCUUCUGGAUCCCUGAUGAAGAUGCUCCCUACUGCCAAGAGUGUGGUCAAAAGUUCACAGUCAUACGGCGGCGCCAUCAUUGUAGGGCUUGUGGACGCGUCUUGUGUGCGCAGUGUUGUCAUGAUAAGGCACCUCUGCCAUACAUGGAAUACAAAGAAGCUCGUGUUUGUGGGUCUUGCUUGCAGUUGAUACAGGCUGGGCUGGAAGAUGAACCUGAUGCUUCUGCAAGAUCAUCACGACAGUCUUCAGACAGUCAUCGACGACCUCCAGAUCCUAAUAAUCCUAUGGAGUACUGUUCUCGGGUGCCCCCACCACAGCAAGUCGCAUCUACAUCUGCUGUGCCACCACCCACAGUCAUGGUGCCUGUGGGAGUCUUGAAGCGUGAGGGCAGUAGCAGUAGCGCUAGGAGUCGGGGAAACAAACAAGUGAUUUUCAGUGACGGCAUCCGGCCAGGUGGCGACUUGACUGAGCUGGACGGGUCAGGGAAAGUCCCUCCCCCUUAUCGCAGAUCAGGGCGGGUGGCCCGGAGGGUGGACCGUCCCUCCACUGGCAGUGGUGUUAGUGGUGGCCCAGGUGGGUUACUGCGCUCCCUACCACCUGACCGCUGCCUCAUCCCCCCUGGGGUUGGCCUUCCCCCUGUGGUGGUGCAGGCCCCUGCCACUGGAG